AUGGGCCCCUGUACCGCCUCCUCAUGCUGCUGCCAGGCCCGUAAUCUGCCAUGGGCCCCCGUGCCGACUCCUCAUGCUGCUGCCAGGCCCGUAAUCUGUCAUGGGCCCCUGUACCGCCUCCUCAUGCUGCUGCCAGGUCCAGAGUGUGUCAUGGGUCCCUGUACGGCCUCCCAUUGCUGCUGUCUCCAUCGCCACACUCUGCCAUGUGCCACUUUCAGGUCUCCUCACACUGCUGGUGGGUUCCAUUUUGUCAUAGGGUGCUGUAUGGCCUCCCAUUGCUGCUGCCUCCACCGCCACACUGUGGCUCCACACUCUGGUUUUGGCCCCGUGACUGCCCAAAUGAGUGAAGUGUGCGGUGAUUCUAAGAUCGACGGCACUCAUCUGCAUGUCAUACUGACUGACAGUAUUAUUUCUCUUCCCCAGCAGACUCCAAGGGCAUUUAAAUUAAAGGUACAGUGUUCUGCACUAAUACAA